AUGGGGAAGAAGCAGCACAGCAAGGACCGCAUGUUCAUCACGCGGACGGAGUGGGCAACUGAAUGGGGCGGCGCCAAGCAGAAGGACGUCGGCACGCCGUUCAAGCGCCUCCCCUUCUACUGUUGCUCACUCACAUUUCUUCCAUUUGAGGAUCCAGUGUGCACCGUCGAUGGAAGCGUCUUCGAUUUAAUGAGCAUAAUCCCAUACCUUAAAAAGUUCGGGAAGCAUCCAGUAACCGGAGCACCACUCAAGCACGAAGAUCUGAUUCCUCUCACAUUCCACAAGAACUCAGAUGGUGAGUUUCAGUGUCCUGUUCUGAACAAAGUUUUUACAGAAUUCACACACAUAGUUGCUGUAAAAACUACUGGAAAUGUCUUCUGCUAUGAGGCAAUCCAAGAACUUAACAUCAAGCCAAAAAAUUGGAAAGAGUUGCUAACUGAUGAGCCCUUCACUCGAAAUGACUUGAUAACGAUUCAGAACCCAAACGUGGUUGAUGGCAAGGUCCUUGGGGAAUUCGACCAUGUCAAGAAGGGCCUCAAACUUGAGGAUGAAGAGUCGCAGCGGAUGAAAGAUGAUCCAACCUAUAACAUAAAUAUUUCUGGUGAUCUUAAGCAAAUGAUUAAGGAUCUUGGGACAGAAAAAGGAAAGGAAGCUUUUUUGCAGGGGGGUGGAGGGCUGAAAGCUCAAAAGGAAAGAGCUGCGGCUCAUGCUACAAUUUUAGCAAGGAAGGAGAAGGAUGACUCAAAAGCAGGAAAAGAACCUAAACCUAAUCAAAGUUUCAGUAUUGUGGAUGCUGCUUCUGCUUCUGUUCAUGGCAGGAGUGCAGCAGCAGCAAAAGCAACUUCUGCUGAAAAAACCGCUGCUAGAAUCGCUAUGCAUAUGGCAGGGGAACGAGCUCCUGUAAAUGCUAAACUGGUCAAAAGUCGUUACACUACUGGAGCAGCGUCACGUUCUUUCACAUCGACUUCUUAUGAUCCUGUUACCAAAAAUGAAUAUGAGUAUGUUAAAGUUGAAAGGAAUCCAAAAAAGAAAGGUUACGUUCAGCUGCAUACAACCCAUGGUGAUUUGAAUUUAGAGCUUCAUUGUGAUAUAACUCCUCGGGCUUGUGAAAAUUUCCUUACGCAUUGUGAAAAUGGUUACUACAAUGGUCUUAUCUUCCAUCGGAGCAUCAAAAACUUCAUGAUUCAAGGCGGUGAUCCAACUGGCACAGGAAGUGGAGGAGAGUCCAUAUGGGGUAAACCGUUCAAGGAUGAGCCGAACUCAAAGCUGCUACAUUCUGGAAGAGGUGUAGUCAGCAUGGCAAAUUCAGGCCCUCAUACCAACGGAUCCCAAUUUUUUAUCCUGUACAAGUCUGCACCGCACUUAAAUUUCAAGCACACGGUAUUUGGCAUGGUCGUGGGUGGUUUGACCACACUUUCAGCUAUGGAAAAAGUUCCUGUCGAUGAUGACGACCGGCCAUUGGAGGAAAUAAAGAUUCUAAAAGUCAGCAUAUUCGUGAAUCCUUACACAGAGCCAGAUGAGGAAGAAGAAAAGGCAAAGGAGGAGGAGAAGAAAAAGGAUGAGGAUUAUGAUAAGGUGGGAUCAUGGUAUAGCAACCCAGGAACUGGUGUUGCUGGUUCAACGAGUACUGGUGGUGGGGUUGGCAAGUAUUUAAAAGCUCGGACUGCUGGCUCUGUUGAUGUGACUGGAAGUGCUGGUGCAGCUGAUGAUUCGAGCAAGAAGAGAAAAGCAACUGCAUCCAGUGUAGAGUUCAAAGAUUUUUCUGGAUGGUAG